AGCAAUUAAUGUGACUGGUAUACAAUUUGUUUGUGUUUUUGUAUCGAGGAUGACAUGGAUUUAUGGCAGUUUGUUUGUGGCCUUAUGGAUAUGAUUUUUCUUUUGAUAUAUUGUUGUGUUUUAUACUGAUUUUGGCCCCUUUGUUAUCUGUGAAAUAUGAUGUGAUUUUGUGGAUUUUUUCUCAGCUUUUGGGCAGUCAUCCAGUGGCGCAUUUGAGUCUUUUGUUGCUUCAUCAUCACCGGCUUUUGGAACUACAAUGUCUGGCUUUGGAACAACUUCUGCUCCUGCUUUCGGAGGAUCUUACCCGCCGGGUACUAAUUUUGAUCAGAGGCCUAAUGUGGGAGCAUUUUGGUCUAAUCCUGCUCAGACUAGUUCUUUAGGAAGCAUAAAUCAACCAUCACAGCCAGCAUUUGGGAACAAUAUGUUUGGUGGAAGUCAGCCUGCAUUUGGCAUUACUAGCACCCCAGCGUUUGGUGCCACAAGCUCCCAGGGAUUUGGUGGUACAAGUACUCCGGUCUUUGGCUCAACAUGGAGUCCUGCAUUUGGGGAAUCAAGAACACAGGCGUUUGGUUCAUCUAGCUUCCCUUUUGCUACUCCUACAUCAAGUGCACCUGGUUUUAGUUCUUCAACUGCAUCUUUCAGCUUUCCUUCCCCUCAUGAUUUGGGCCAAUCAAACUUCACAUUCAGUGGCAAUCCAGUUGGUGCUUCAUCUAUUCCCAUGCAGAAUUUUCCAUCUGGAGCUCAAGCAACAAUGCCAACAUCUGGGAACACUGGCUUUUGGAACUCAGCUUUUGGGGGCCAGCAUCGAGGAAGUAGAGUGGCGACAUACACAAACACAAUUGCACCUGAUUCUUUCGGUAAUGGUAAUAGUCCAACAGUGGUGAGAUUCAUGUCAAUAUCGGCCAUGCCAGUUUAUAUAAACAAAAGUCAUGAAGAAUUGCGCCAUGAGGACUAUCUCAUGGGGGAUAGAGGUGGACUGACUCCUGCUGGUGGGAGUGGGUUUGUCAUCUCUACUACACAGUCACGCCAUUUGAAUCCUUCUUCAGUAUUUGCUCAAACAUCUUCCACUCCUUUCAAUGCCUCAACUUCAUCUAGUAUAUUUUCUCCACAGACUCUAUUUACAUAUACUGGUUUUAGAACUUCAUCUUCACCAUUCACCCAAUCAGCUUCACCUUUUUGGCCUUCUUCUACAACUAAUCUUUUUACACCUCCAUCAUCAUCUCCUUCAGUGUUUGGUAAAAUGUGCCCUCCAUCUUCCUUAAGUACACCAGCAACAUCUUCAUUCACAUUUCCAGCUCCAUCAUCUUAUUCCACAUUUAAUUUCACUCCCACAUCUUCUAAUGCUCAGAUAGGCAGUGCUUUUGGACAAACAUCUAAUUCCUUUUGGCCAACUCAAACUCCCAUUGGUCAAUCAAAUAUGUUUAAUAGCCCUUCCUCUGGGUUUUCUACUCCAAUCAACUUUGUUGCACCUUCAACUUCUUCUCCAUCUUCAUCAGUCUUUGGAAAACUGCCCUCUCCUUUUACCUCACAGACUACAUCUGCAUUUCCAUUUUCUGCUCCCCCUUCAACAUCAACUUCCACAUAUAAUUCUGGCCUUCGCAACUUCACACCUUCAACACCACAAACAGGUGGUACUUUUGGGCAGACAUCCACUCUCUUUGGUCAAAACAUAUUCAACAAUCCUUUCAGUGGUAUUGGUUCAGGGGGCUCUUCGGCAGCUAUUCCUACAAGCAAUUUAAUAUGUUUCAGCCAACCAGCUUUUGUAGACAAGGAGUCGGAUAAAGACAUGGAUAUGGAUGAUUGGGUCUUGUGUUGAUCCUUGUGCUGCAAGAAUGAUGAUCCAUGAUCAUUUUCCACUUAGAGAUGUGACAUAGGAAUCCUGUUCGUAAAACUGUAAAUGGAGUUGGCAAAAGUAGCAGACGCCGGAGGAAGUAUUGCUCUAUCAAAUGUCCUACGAGACAAUACAUAACAAAGCAUGGUAGUAUCUAGUACAAUCUUGUGAAUAUUAGACAGUACGAAUUCAUGC